AAAUCAACCAUCUUUCAAAUCAUUCUCUAUUUUCUAUCGAUUAAAUCGUUCUCUAGUUUCUAUCGAUUAGAUCUUCUCUAUAGUGUCAUGGACUCAAGAGUUGGAGGCACCCAAACCUCACUUUCCUACGACGAAUUUGACCCUCUUUGCACAUGGCAACGGGAGGAUGGUCAAGACAUACUUGUGAUCCAUCUGCCAGAUUUUAAGAAAGAACAACUAAGAAUCCAAAUAAGCAGUUCGGGGAUAAUGAAGAUCACGGGAGAGAAUACCCAAGAGGGUAAAAAAAGAAGUCGUUUCGUGAAAGAAGUAAAGGUUUUAAAAGAUUACGAUUCAAGUAAUAUUCAUGCCAAAUUCUCUCAAGGCCGCCUUCGUAUUACUUUGCCCAAAAAACCCUCGAAACCUUCCUUGCCAGAUCCUGUAGUUGUGACACCGUCACCUCAAGAGGAUCAAAAUGAUAAGGCCAAUACAAAUGCGAAGAUGUCGUCACCUCAAGAAGAUCAAAAUGAUAAGGCCAACACAACUGACAUUCCCGAUAGCAAGUCAAGAGUUGGUCAAGUCUUGAGAUCCAAAAUGUUUACUCAAGUGAUGGUGAAUGUUGGCUUUGUGGCGUUUGUGGCUUUUAGUGCUUAUACUGCGUAUAAAUAUUGGACUUCUUAUGUACAGGUUGAUGAGGAUUAGAUUCAAUGGUUCAAAAACUCAAAGAUAAACAUGUAUUUGGUUGUGUAAUGAAUUAAUAUUGUAUGAAAAUAAGAUGGAGAUAUAAGAUUCAUUUAUAUUGUAUUA